GGAAAGUAAAUACGCAUCCUUAUCACCUCAACUUCCGCCUCAUUUUAGUUUUAUCUAUUAAAGUAAAUUUUCUACUGAUAAGGGGAGGAACUGCACGCCACCUGUAUGGUAAUUUUCACUCACAGACAUGGUGGUUUUCAAAGGACUGAGCAGCAAUAAUUUUUAUUGUUCACUCUUUGGGAUUUUAAAUAUUUUAAUACUCUAUUGGCUGCUUGCAUUUACCAAACUUUCCAAAAUAAUUAUUGAAUCUUUUCCAAUAGAAGGUAUUAUUAUAAUUUAUUUUAAGUAUUAUUAAAACUAAUGGAGACUUUCUGAAGGAAACAUACUUGUUAGAGAAAGAAUGGAAUGCCCCAAAGUUCCAAUCAUCACCGUCAGAGAUGGGGGAAGAACGGGAAACAAAAUUCGCCAAUAUGCCACCGUGUGGGCCUUGUCUAAAAAACUUAAUCGACCUGGUUUUGUACCCCAAGCCACUUUAGACUGGUUGGGACCUGUUUUUCCUAAUCUAGGCCUUCCAGCAUUGGAAAAAAUCGACCACUGCAAUUUGACAUUCCAAAACAACAGAACUUUUGACUCCGUUGACCCUGAAAAAAAUAUCCUUCUGCCUAGUAAUGUAAAUAAUUAUGAAGUUCUGUUGUCCUAUUUGGAUGAGAUCUGGGACGAGUUCAAAUUUGACGACAGACUUGUAUCGAUGGUCAACAACACGAUUAGGUCCCUUGGUGGAGAGGAUCAUGUUGUGGUUGGUGUGCAUGUGCGGAGGGAUGAUUACUUGAUAUAUUUAAGACAAAAAGGAAGGCAGCCAGUGACACAUCAAUAUUAUUUGGAUGCAAUGCAAUGGUUUAGGAGGAGGUUGAAUGAACCCCUGCUUUUUCUGAUUGUCAGUGAUGACGUCAAGUGGUGCGAAAGACAUUUGCUUCUAGCCAAGGAUGUCAAGAUUGCUGCCCAUGACACUUUCCACGACUUGGCCCUGCUGGCACUUGCAGACCAUGUCAUCAUUGACUAUGGAAGUUUUGGGAUGUGGGGCGCCAUUAUGAACAAGGGCCUAACGGUUGCUUUGAAAGGGACAGGCAAGGACGCAUUAAUGGCCAAGUACAAAAAGUGGCACACUCUCGAUAGUGGAAAGUACAAAUACCAGAAAUGA